UCGGCGAAUAAGUUUUUGAAUUGGAAGUGUUUACGAAAGCAUCUUGUUCGUACAGCAAACCCAUUAGACACAACACACACAACGCAUUUUCCAGAUGAUGUACGAGCAAAACUAUCGUUUCAAUAUAUGAUAAUCGUUUGGCCGCCUGAACUCAAAUUCAUUUGCCUUUAAAAUGUGGGGUAAUACUCUCGGAUCUGGGUGUUCACCGGACGAUUUAGGCUUUUCAACCUUUGCAGCAGCAGCGGCCGCAUCAGUCAAUACAACAGCACCAUUUUCAAGUAUGCCUUACCUCAAAACAUCGCCAUAUCUAAUGGCUGUCGAUCCUCUACAUUCAAUGGGAUAUUCAGCCGCAACAAAUCAGAGGAAGCAACGACGUGAACGCACAACUUUUACUCGGCAACAGCUCGAUCUAUUGGAAACAUUGUUUCACAAAACACGUUACCCGGAUAUUUUUAUGCGCGAGGAAGUCGCUCUCAAAAUUAAUUUGCCAGAGUCUAGAGUUCAAGUUUGGUUUAAGAACCGUCGAGCAAAAUGUCGCCAAAUUCAAAAGCAAAAUCAACAACAACAAACCAGCUCUUCAACCACUUCGAACACACAAUCGGCCACAACAACAACAACGGCAGCAUCUGGCAUCGGGAAAAUUCGAACUGUACCGAUGACCAAAAUGAAAGCAAAACCAACAACGAACAUUUCAAAUUGUGCCACAAAUAGUCCAAUCAAUUCACCGACAACAUCCGCACCAAGUUUACUUGAUUCGCCCAAUUAUUUUAAAAUGACUCAAAAUAUUUUCACAACACCAUCACAUACGAAUUUAUCGGCUCUGUCUUCAAGUAACAACAGUGGAAAUUCCAUUUGGUCGCCCACAAUGCUGGAAAAUACGACAUCCACGGGAUGUUUAGAUAGUAGAUCGUGGAAUCAAGCCGCUAGUGUAUCAUCCGCUCCGAAUUCUUACCAGAACUUUUCCGGUUACUAUUCGAACCUAGAUUACUUGGGUUCGAACAUGCAACAACAACUGCAUGAAAAUGCACUGGAAAGUACCUGGAUGAAGCGUGAAGAAAAUUGGUUUUAUAACAAUCCCAACUGGGAUGCUCAACGAAAAUAAGCUGAAAUGAUUAUAAUUACUAUAAGUAACUGAUGUAAAAGAAUGACAAAAAAAAAUCGGUGAAUACAUAUCGAAUACCAAAAUAUUUGUAUUUUAUAUCAAAAAAAUGUGUAAAUUGUAUAAAAAAUAAACAAUUCAAAAGAAGAAUGACAACGA